AUGGCAAGAUAUGCGGCAGAAGUCUGGACAGACCAUGCUGUGUUGGCUCAGGAUGCGAGAGAUAUAGUUGAAUUAGCAGUCGGCUUCCUAGAAAAAGAAUUGACAUUCCAACGAUGGGCUCGCUUGUAUCAGGCUGAUAUAAGUUGGGAUCAUGAUCCUGGUCCUCCGCGAGGCUCGAGACUCUACUAUGCCUGCUUUGCUGGCCUGCUAGUGCCAGCACAAGAUCUUAUUAGUAAUGGAGAAGACGUGAAUGCGCAGGGCGGCUUCUACGGCAACGCUCUCCAGGCCGCCUCGUUCGAAGGCGAUCUCGAGAUUUUCAAGAUUCUUGUGGAUAAGGGAGCAGACGUGAAUGCGCAGGGCGGCUUCUACGGCAACGCUCUCCAGGCCGCCUCGUAUAACGGCCAUCUCGAGAUUGUCAAGAUUCUUGUGGAUAAGGGAGCGGAUGUGAAUGCCCAGGGCGGCAAAUACGGCAACGCUCUCCAGGCCGCCUUGUUCGAAGGCGAUCUCGAGAUUGGCGGCUUCUUCCGCAACGCUCUCUAUGCCGCCUCGUCAGAAGGCCAUCUCGAGAUUGUCAAGAUUCUUGUGGAUAAGGGAGCGGAUGUGAAUGCCCAGGGCGGCGAAUACGGCAACGCUCUCUAUGCCGCCUCGUUCGAAGGCCAUCUCGAGAUUGUCAAGGCUCUUGUGGAUAAGGGAGCGGAUGUGAAUGCCCAGGGCGGCUUCUACGGCAACGCUCUCCAGGCCGCCUCGUUCGAAGGCGAUCUCGAGAUUGUCAAGGUUCUUGUGGAUAAGGGAGCGGAUGUGAAUGCCCAGGGCGGCUUCUACGGCAACGCUCUCUAUGCCGCCUCGUCAGAAGGCCAUCUCGAGAUUAUCAAGCUUCUCGUGGAUAAGGGAGCGGAUAUGAAUGCGCAGGGCGGCUUCUCUACAUAG